AGAGCAGGAAUAUGGCGUUGCAAUAACAAGGCAGCUGAGAUAAUACUGCGCCGAUCGGUACUGUAGUGAAAUCCGUACCAGCCUUCAGGGCGAGUGGACCCGGGAUCAAAUCCAGCCGGCUCCUUGCACACUUUUCAUCUGUGCUUGAUUGAGCGUCGAGCUAGCAACUCAGAAAGAAACAGCAAGGUUGCUGCCCAAUGAGCCACAAGGCACGGAAAGGAACUAACUAAUUAAUGAUUGUACUGAAUGGCAGAGCAGCGUCAUGCUCCAGAUUUUUUUUAAUGUUCUAUACUGCAAUAUUUCUCCACAAAGGAGGCUACAAAUAGAAAAUACUGGAAAAGAUUAAACAUUAUGAGAGCAUGUCAAAACAAAGUGAUAUCAACCUGGGCCCAUCAGCUAAUCCUUUCGCCAAACCAACAGACUUUGACUUUCUAAAAGUUAUUGGAAAAGGGAGUUUUGGGAAAGUUCUUCUUGCAAAACGCAAAUCCGGUGGCAGAUUUUAUGCCAUCAAAGUCUUGCAGAAGAAAAUGAUCCUUAAAAAAAAUGAGCAAAAGAACAUAAUGGCAGAACGCAAUGUGCUAUUGAAAAAUCUCAAGCAUCCUUUUCUGGUUGGGCUCCAUUAUUCCUUUCAAACAACCGAAAAGCUCUAUUUUGUUCUUGAUUAUGUAAAUGGUGGAGAGCUCUUCUUCCAUUUACAACGAGAACACACUUUCCCUGAGGCUAGAGCAAGAUUUUAUGCCUCUGAGGUUGCCAGUGCAAUAGGGUACUUGCACUCACUCAACAUUGUGUAUAGGGAUUUAAAGCCUGAAAACAUCCUCCUUGAUUCUCAGGGUCAUAUUGUACUAACAGACUUUGGACUUUGUAAAGAGGUAAUAGAGCCAUCAGGAACAACUUCUACUUUUUGUGGGACUCCUGAGUACCUUGCUCCAGAAGUAUUAAGAAAACAUCCGUAUGAUCGUAGUGUUGACUGGUGGUGCUUUGGGGCGGUACUCUAUGAAAUGUUGCUUGGAUUGCCACCUUUCUACAGCCAGGAUAUAGCUGAGAUGUAUGACAAUAUUCUUCACAAGCCACUCCACUUGCCAAUGAGCAUAUCAACAGCUGCCCGUGAUAUUUUGACAGGACUUCUACAAAAAGAUCAAAGGAGAAGAUUAGGAGCUCAAGCAGACUUUCUUGAUGUCAAAAAGCACCCAUUCUUUUCAACAAUUUCCUGGGAGGAUCUCUACCACAAGAGAAUUGCCCCACCAUACAAUCCCAAUGUGGCUGGCCCUGGUGACUUAUGACACAUUGAUCCUGAAUUCACACAAGAAACUGUCCCUAAUUCUAUUGGGCGCAUUCCUGACUCCACUAUUAACAGCCCAACUGCAACAAGUGCAUUUUUGGGAUUUUCCUAUGCUACUACAGAUGAUAAUUUGAGAAGUUAACUAAAUACAGUAUGUAAACUGAGCUAUUUAAAUGGAUAUUAUUAGCAGGAGGAAGAUAAUGUAAUUAAUACUAAAAUGCAUCACCGAAAUGGUU